AUGGAGCGUGACGGCUGCGUUGGGGUUGGGAACCGCGGCGGCGAGGGCGGGCGCGGCUCCCGGGAGGGCCCUGCGGGGAACGGCGGCCACCUGGGCCGUGGCUCUACAGCCGAGGCGCCCGGGGAGCCGCCGGCGGCCUCGUCCCUGCUGGCCCCCAUGGACCUGGGGGAGGAGCCGCUGGAGAAGGCGGCGCGCGCCCGCACGGCCAAGGACCCCAACACCUAUAAAGUGCUCUCGCUGGUAUUGUCAGUCUGUGUGUUAACGACAAUCCUUGGUUGUAUAUUUGGGUUGAAACCAAGCUGUGCCAAAGAAGUUAAAAGUUGCAAAGGUCGCUGUUUUGAGAGAACAUUUGGGAACUGUCGCUGUGACGUUGCCUGCGUUGACCUUGGAAACUGCUGUCUAGAUUACCAGGAGACGUGUAUAGAACCAGAACGGAUAUGGACUUGCAGCAAAUUCAGGUGUGGUGAGAAAAGGUUGUCCCGAAGCCUCUGCUCCUGUUCGGAUGACUGCAAGGACAAGGGCGACUGCUGCAUCAACCAUGGCUCCGUGUGCCGAGGUGAGAAAAGUUGGGCAGAAGAAACAUGUGAGAGCAUUAAUGGUCCACAGUGUCCAGCAGGGUUUGAAAUGCCUCCUACCCUCUUAUUUUCUUUGGAUGGUUUCAGGGCAGAAUAUUUACACACUUGGGGUGGACUUCUUCCUGUUAUUAGCAAGCUGAAAACCUGUGGAACAUAUGCUAAAAACCUGAGACCAGUAUAUCCAACAAAAACUUUCCCCAAUCACUACAGCAUUGUCACAGGACUUUAUCCAGAAUCCCAUGGCCUCAUUGACAAUAAAAUGUAUGAUCCCCAAAGGAAUGCUUACUUUGCACUUAAAAGUAAAGAGAAAUUUAAUCCUGAGUGGUACAAAGGAGAACCAAUUUGGCUUACAGCUAAAUAUCAAGGCCUGAAGACGGGCACAUUUUUUUGGCCAGGAUCAGAUGUGAAAAUUAAUGGAAUUUUCCCAGACAUCUAUAAGGUGUAUAAUGGUUCAGUACCAUUUGAAGAAAGAAUUUUAGCUGUUCUUAAGUGGCUGCAGCUUCCUAAAGAUGAAAGACCACACUUUUACACUCUGUAUUUAGAAGAACCAGAUUCUUCAGGUCACUCUUAUGGACCAGUCAGCAGUGAAGUCAUCAGAGCUUUGCAGAGGGUUGACAACAUGGUUGGCAUGCUGAUGGAUGGUCUAAAAGAGUUGAACUUGCAUAGAUGUUUGAACCUCAUCCUUAUCUCAGAUCACGGCAUGGAACAAGGCAGUUGUAAGAAAUAUGUGUAUCUGAGUAAAUAUCUGGGGGAUAUUAAAAAUGUUAAAGUUAUAUAUGGACCUGCAGCUCGAUUGAGACCCUCUGAUGUACCAGAUAAAUACUAUUCAUUUAAUUAUGAAGGCAUUGCCAAAAACCUUUCUUGCCAGGAACCAAACCAGCACUUCAAACCUUACCUGAAACAUUUCUUACCCAAGCGUUUGCACUUUGCCAAAAGUGACAGGAUUGAGCCCUUGACAUUCUAUUUGGACCCUCAGUGGCAACUUGCACUGAAUCCUUCAGAAAGGAAAUAUUGUGGAGGUGGAUUUCACGGCUCUGACAAUGCAUUUUCAAAUAUGCAAGCCCUCUUUAUUGGCUACGGACCUGGAUUCAAGCAUGGCAUUGAAGUUGACUCCUUUGAAAAUAUUGAAGUCUAUAACUUAAUGUGUGAUUUACUGAAUUUGACACCAGCUCCUAAUAAUGGAACUCAUGGAAGCCUCAACCACCUGCUAAAGAAUCCUGUUUAUACCCCAAAGCAUCCCAAAGAAUUCCGCUCCUUGGUCCAGUGCCCCUUCACAGGAGCCCCCAGGGAGAGCCUUGAUUGCUCGUGUGAUCCCUCGAUUUUGCCAAUUGUGGAUUUUCAGACACAGUUGAAUCUGACAAUGGCAGAAGAGAAGGCCAUUAAGCGUGGCACUCUACCUUAUGGAAGACCCAGAGUUCUCUGGAAGAACAGCACUGUCUGUCUGCUUUACCAGCACCAGUUUGUGAGUGGUUACAGCCAUGACAUCCUGAUGCCCCUUUGGACAGCCUACACCGUCGACAGAAAUGAUAGUUUCUCUACAGAAGACUUUUCCAAUUGUCUUUACCAGGAUCUCCGAAUUCCUCUUAGACCUGUCCAUAAAUGUUCGUUUUAUAAAAAUAACACUAAACUGAGUUAUGGGUUCCUUUCCCCACCACAAUUAAAUAAAGGUUCAAGUCAAGUAUAUUCUGAAGCAUUGCUUACUACUAAUAUAGUGCCCAUGUACCAGAGUUUUCAAGUUACAUGGCACUACUUUCACGGCACCCUACUGCAAAGGUAUGCUGAAGAAAGAAAUGGUCUCAAUGUUGUCAGUGGUCCCGUCUUUGAUUUUGAUUAUGACGGACAUUAUGAUUCCCUGGAGACUCUGAAACAAAACAGCAGAAUCAUCCGUAAUCAAGAAAUUCUGAUUCCAACUCACUUCUUCAUUGUGCUAACAAGUUGUAAAGAUACAUCUCAGACUCCCUCACAGUGUGAAAAUCUAGAUACCUUGGCUUUCAUUUUGCCUCACAGGACUGAUAACAGUGAGAGCUGUGCUCAUGGGAAGCAUGAAUCCUCAUGGGUUGAAGAUUUGUUGAGGCGACACAGAGCUCGAAUCACAGAUGUUGAACUCAUCACUGGACUCAGCUUCUAUCAAGAAAGAAAAGAGCCAAUUUCAGACAUUUUAAAGUUGAAAACACAUUUGCCAGCCUUUAACCAAGAAGGCUGAUGUUUUUUAUUCCAAAACCACGCCGUAAAUCUUUUUGAAAGAACCUUCUAUUUUUUACAUCCUCUAUUUACACUAUUGCAUUGUUUGGAGACUGUUGACCAGAGUUAGAACUGGGAAUCCUCUUGUGAUACACAACCAUCUCAGGGAAACUUGUGGCCUCCGCGUAACAGUAGGAAAGUGUUCCUAUUGAGUCACGCACGUGUCUGAAUGUGUAAGAAUUGUUCAGAUUUGGGAAUAAAGACAGACCAUACCUAAAACUGCUCUUCUACUUCUCUUAAGGGCAGAAGUAGCUGUGAACAUUCUCUGGACACCAGAUGUUUGAAUCUUACUAUCAUUGAUAAACUUCUAUGUUGCUGGCAAACACUACACUAAUGAGUAGGAUUGGAAUAGGCCAUGUUUCAUUCGUUUCUUCAUAAGAAUUGAAAAGUGAUUCUGGAUUCUUUUUAACUUGGAGUUUAUUUUAAUUUUAAUCAUAAAAGUUAAUGGAAGCAACAAUAUUUGAGGCCCUAUUUCUAUCUUUUCUGUACAGCCCCUCAAAAGCCAAAGUAUGUAAUCCUGUGUUGUUUUUUAACUGUGACUGGGCUUCUUCAGAUUUAAUGAUUCUUUCAAGUUAAACUUUGAGGGAAGACCUG